AUGCCAUUUUUGCAAAAGAGCGACGAGCCUCCGCCAACGGGGCCGCCAUGCGAAGUCCUUCGCAUCAACAAGCGCUUCGGCGGCGCCCAAACGACGAUCGACCGCAUCGACCCGGUCACUGGCUUCGCGACACCAUUCUACAUCCUACACAACAAUGACGAAAAAUCCAUUGCCGUGAUCCACGCCGAUCCCCGCGCACAGCAAAUGUCAGAUCAGGCCCUUGCAACAGCACAACGGCACUCGCUCUCCUCAAAGAUCGAUGUUGUCUUUCGCGGCAUGCCAUUCAAGAUGAAAGGAAACGAUCUAGGCAUGGGGCACGAUUUUGAUUACAUGGGCGUGCGGUACAGCUGGAGGCUGUCGAGUUGGACUGGCUCCACAGGGACAAUUUUCAUGGAGGAUGCGAAUGGGAGGCUGUUGGCGAGGUGGAAGAGGAAGCCUGACGGGAACGGAACGAGCCCGACUUUUGAGGUGUACGUGCCGCCACAGAGUAUCGAUAUGGACAUGGUGAUUGUGACGGGGUUGGCUUCGAUUCAGUAUUGGGUUAAGGAGAAGAAAGAUACCGUUGCAGUAGUGGGGGAUCUUCUCGGGGCGUCGUUGUGA